UGCUCAGAGGAGGACUUCAUCUCAGGAAAACACUGUUACAACAGGGGCCAGGCUACCAAGAACGCAUACCUGUUUGCAGGGGAACAUCUGGACCUGACAGCCAUGAUGAACACUUGGACUCUGCAGAAAGGUAUUCCUCUGGUAACUGUGACAAGAAAAGGUCCUCGUCUGCUGCUUAGACAGGACAGGUUCUUGAGAACAGUCCUGCCUUCUGAUCCUCUCUGGCCCACACUGCAAAAGGGUUUCCUUUGGCAUAUCCCCCUGACAUACAAGACAGAUGCUUCCAGCACCAUCCACAGACACCUGAUGACCACACAGACAGACAGUAUACACAUAGGAGAGGAAGUCAGCUGGGUAAAGGUAAACACUGACAUGACAGGCUAUUAUGUGGUUCAUUACGAGGAUGGUGGCUGGGAUGAGAUGGCCAAAGUGCUGAGGGAAAACCACACUGCUUUGAGCUACAAAGACAGGACACACUUGAUACACAACGCCUUUCAAUUGGUCACGGCAGGUCAUCUGCCGAUCAAUAAAGCCUUAGACCUGAUUGGUUAUCUGCGAUUGGAGACACACACGGUGCCUCUCCUCGAAGGACUGGGCUAUCUGGAGACAUUUUACCAUAUGGUUGAGAAAAGGAAUGAGCUUGACGUAACCCACAGUCUGGGAAUGUACAUCCUGCGAUUUUUCCGUGCUGUCAUUGACCAGCAGACAUGGAGCGACAGCGGCUCCAUGUCAGAGCGACGGCUGAGGUCAAAGGUCCUGUCAUUGGCUUGUCAGCUGGAUGACCCUCCCUGUAUAGAGCGUGCACGUCAGAGCUUCAAAGACUGGUUUCAGUCCAACGGAACACUAAACUUACCCACUGAUGUGGCAGAGACGGUGUAUUCAGUUGGAGCUCAGGAUGACCACGGCUGGGCAUCACUCUUGCACACAUACAACAUCUCCCUCUCUGAAGCACAAAAAAAGAAAAUCCUGUUUGCCUUGACUUGCAGCAGAGACACCAACAAACUGCAAAGGUUCAUCUUCUCCCUGCAACUUUUUUUCUACACAGUUAAUGCUGCCAUCAUGUGGCAAACACAGA